UCUACCUCUCACAUCUCUCUGUUUAUUUUUUUUUCUCCUUCCAUUAUAAUGAGCAGUGUUCAUCAUAUCUCGGACGACCCGAAAUCUCCUCUCUUACCAGUCGUCCACAAUGACGACGAACCAUGCGAAAGACAAUCGGUGGGACAACAUCUCCGGACAAUAUUCACGCCUAAGAAUUGUUACAUCGCUCUCGGUCCUCUUCUUUGCGCCGUCGUGUGUCUUUGUGCACGCCUCGGCGGAGAUGAAACGACGACGGCGAGGAACAUGCUCGGCGUUCUUGUUUGGAUGUUCGCCUGGUGGUUGACGGAGGCCGUUCCGAUGCCGAUCACCUCCAUGUCGCCUCUUUUCUUGUUUCCUAUCUUCGGUAUCUCGGCGGCUGAUGACGUGGCGAGUUCUUACAUGGAUGACGUCAUCGCUCUCGUCCUCGGUAGCUUCAUCCUCGCUCUCGCCGUCGAACACUAUAACAUCCAUCGCCGACUCGCCCUGAACAUAACGUCGGUGUUCUGCGUGGAGCCGCUAAACGCGCCGCUGCUUCUACUUGGCAUCUGCGCCACAACGGCGUUCGUGAGCAUGUGGAUGCACAACGUGGCGGCUGCGGUCAUGAUGAUGCCAGUCGCUACAGGAAUUCUUCAGAGACUUCCCUCGUCGUCUUCGUCGUCGUCGGAAGUUGUUCCUCCGGCGGUAGGGAAGUUUUGUAGAGCGGUGGUGCUCGGUGUGAUAUACUCGGCGUCAGUAGGUGGAAUGAGCACACUGACAGGAACAGGUGUGAAUCUGAUACUUGUCGGAAUGUGGAAAAGCUAUUUCCCUGAAGCUGAUCCAAUCAGUUUCAGCCAAUGGUUCUUCUUCGGUCUUCCAUUGGCUUUGUGCAUAUUCUUUGUGCUUUGGGGUAUUCUAUGUGUACUGUAUUGUCCUAAAGGAUCAGGGAAAGCUCUCUCUCCUUAUCUCCACAAAGCUCAUCUUCGUAGAGAGCUUGAUAUGUUAGGACCAAUGAGUUUCGCUGAGAAGAUGGUUUUAUCUGUGUUUGGUGGUUUGGUUGUGUUGUGGAUGACAAGAAACAUAACCGACGAUAUCCCUGGCUGGGGUUGCAUCUUCAACGGCCGAGCUGGAGAUGGAACAGCGAGUGUGAUGAUGGCUACAUUGUUGUUUAUAAUCCCAAACAAUAUUAAAAAGGGAGAGAAGCUAAUGGAUUGGGGAAAAUGCAAGAAACUCCCAUGGAACAUAGUUUUGUUGUUGGGAGCUGGAUUCGCUAUAGCGGAUGGAGUUAGAACCAGUGGCUUAGCUGAAGUUUUGUCUAAAGGACUGGUGUUUCUUGAAACAGCUCCUUAUUGGGCCAUUGCUCCAACAGUUUGUCUCAUCUCUGCUACCAUCACUGAGUUCACGUCUAACAACGCAACCACUACAUUGUUGGUUCCUUUACUCAUUGAGAUUGCAAAGACAAUGCGAAUCCAUCCUUUGCUAUUGAUGGUACCAGGUGCCAUUGGGUCACAGUUCGCUUUCUUGCUCCCCACGGGAACACCAUCUAACGUCGUUGGGUUUACGACAGGGCAUAUUGAGAUCAAAGACAUGAUCAAGACAGGCUUGCCUCUCAAGAUCGCCGGAACCGCCUUUCUCUCCGUCUUGAUGCCCACUCUUGGGGCGUACGUUUUUGCAUCAAAGGGAGGAGUUUAGUUCGAUGGGCUUGAAGCACAAGACAAGACCAUUGAUACUAUCGAUUCAUUGCAUUAUAUUUUCACAAUGGGGCAUAGCAUAUUUUAGAUAUGGCAAGUCAAAAGAUGGAACGGGAAAUUUACAUGUGGUCGCAAAAACGGCCCAUUUUUUGUAACUCGCCGGCCCUAUUAUAGUUUCCGGUACGAUUGCUUUCUUUUGUGCUUCCAACGUACCGGUAAGUUUGGUCUGUUUUUUUGGUUCUGUGUAUAUAUCAAAAUCUAUAUUGAGAAAAAAAUUUAAAUAUAUAAAUGUGUGUAUUCUUCGGCAAUUGGGGAGAUUACAACUAGUGUCAAUC